CCUCCCCACCACGUCCUGCGCUGCUUCGCGGCCUAUGGCUCGGCCGUGCUCACUUUCGAUCUGCGUGCCUGGACUCUGGUAGAUGUGCGCUGGGAUCUGCACAAAACGUGAGGGGGAAUCCCCCUAAGGAGGGCCAGGCAUGUAGGGGUACAGGGCCCUCACAAGGCGAUGUUAAGUCCUUUGGGCUUCUCCCAUUCCCCACUUGUAGCACCAUCUCGGACCUGGCUUACUGCGAGGAAGUAGAGGCAAUGGUGACAGCUUCCCGGGACAGCACCGUGAAGGUGUGGGAGGCUAACUGGCAGAUCCGGAUGGUGUUCGUGGGCCACACAGGUGCUCUGAAUUCUCUGCACCCCGAGCCUCGGCCUUUUGCCUCCAGCCACUCUAGGCUGUCCAGCAUCUCUGCAGCUCUGGCCAGGCCUUGCUGCGCUGACUGCAACAUAGGUUGAAGGCUCCCCGGCCUUCAGUCAGCCGAGUGACCUGCACCCCUCCCACAGGCCCGGUGACGGCUAUGGCUGUGCUGCCUAACACGACCCUGGUGGUGUCGGCCUCACAGGACGGGACGCUACGCACCUGGGACUUGCAGGCGGCGGCGCAGGUGGGCGAGGUAGCACUGGGCUACUGGGGUCAGGACAAGCUGUCCCGGCGCGUGGGCCGUCUGCUGGCGCCAGCACGCCCGGGCUGGCCGGUGCUGUCCCUGUGCGCGAGCAGCAUGCAACUGUGGAGCGUACGCGAGCUCUACUCGCCGUUGGCGCAACUGCCCGCCAAGGUGCUCCAUGUGCAGGUGGCGCCUGCGUUGCCCGCGCCUGCGCACCCGUCUCUGCCUACUCGCCUCGUGUGCGCGUGCACCGACGGCUCAGUCUACCUCCUGUCAGCUGCCACCGGGCGCAUAGUGAGCUCACUGCUGCUGGAGCCGGAGGACUGCGCGGCAGCCGUGGCCUACUGCCUUCCGCGCGAGGCGCUGUGGCUGCUGACCAAGGCCGGGCACCUGGUCCGCGCCAACGCGGCGCGCUGCCCCAUGAGCGUGCUGCACCGCGUGUGCCCGCCGCCGCCCCCUGCGCCGCAGCCUUGCUGUCUGCACCUGUACAGCCACCUCACGGAUCUCGGAGGCGCCUUCUCCUCCUGGGAGGUCGUGCGCCAGCACCAGGGCGAGUUGCGCCGCAGCGCUGUGGCCUGCGCCUGCAAGAACAAGAACCGGUACCUGCCCGUGGUGGGGCACAUGGACGGCACGCUGUCAGUCCUGGAUUGGCUGUCGUCGAAGACCGUCUUCCAAACGGAGGCGCACAGCCCGGGCCCAGUCGUCGCCAUCGCAUCCACCUGGAACAGCAUCGUGUCUUCGGGUGGGGACCUAACGGUGAAGAUGUGGCGCGUCUUCCCCUACGCCGAGGAGAGCCUGAGCCUGCUGCGCACCUUCUCCUGCUGCUACCCGGCCGUGGCGCUCUGUGCGUUAGGCAGACGCGUCACCGUGGGCUUUGAAGACCCAGAUAGCGCUACCUACGGCCUGGUGCAGUUUGGCCUGGGCGACAGUCCGCGAUUAGACCACCGGCCCCAGGACGACCCCACCGACCACAUCACCGGCCUGUGCUGCUGCCCCACGCUCAAGCUGUAUGCCUGCUCCAGCCUGGACUGCACCAUUCGCAUUUGGACCGCUGAGAACCGCCUCCUGCGGCCCUGA